CCGAGAGAGCCGAGCCGAGCGCGCUCGGCUGGAGCGCACUAGCUACCCAGGAGCGCCAUGGCGAGCCGGAGCGGGACGCGGGGCGCGCUGCUGCUGCUGCUGCUGUUGCUGCUGUCCGGGCCGGGGGCGCGGGGAGCGCGGGGGUCCCGGGGCGCCGACAAGCAAAACAGCCUCCGGAGGGCGGCCAACGGCGUUUACCAGGGCGCCAGCGGCCUCCUGGGCGAGGAGAACGUGCGCGCACUGCAGAAGUUUUUCUCCAGACUAACGGAGAGAUUUGUCUACGGAGUCGAUGUUCUAGUAGAUACGUUCUGGAGAAUAUGGACAGAUCUUCUAGAUGUCCUCGGAAUUGAUGGAUCCAACUUGACCCAUUAUUUCAGCCACACCUCCCUCGCCAACAAUCCCGCUCGGGCCCUGUUGCUGAUCGGCGCCAUCUUGUUGGCUUAUUGGUUUGUGUCUCUUCUCCUCGGAUUCUUCUUCUAUCUCUUGCACAUCCUAUGUGGGCGUUUCUUCUGGAUCAUCCGGAUCGUCCUCUUUGCUCUUUCCUGCGUCUACAUCCUGCAGAAAUAUGAGAGCGAGCCCGAGCAUGCCGUCCUUCCCCUCUGCUUCGUGGUCGCUGUCUACUUCAUGACGGGCCCCGUCAGCUUCUACUGGCGGAAGAAUAGUCACAACACUUUGGAGGAGAAGAUCGACCACCUCGACAGCCAGAUCAGGCUUCUGAACAUCCGCCUGUCUCGCGUGAUCGAGAACCUGGACCGAGGAGGUGACUAACAGGAACGUCACCCUUCCUGCAGGAGACAGGCGAUUGUCUCGUCCAUGGCGAGGCAGACUUUGGGGUAAAGGAGAUGUGCACCAUCCAGCCGUUAGUCUUCGCGUGUAUCUUGUCCGUCCGUACCCCGAACGAAAACACAAAUGAACUCAUAAAAUAGAUUAGCUGUACGUUCAGACAUGUUCGCCCAUGAGUAGAAUUUUAUCUGCUGUUUUCCAAGCGUUUGAAACAUCUUUUAUAUAAAAAGAAAAAAAGAAAAAGAAAAAAAAUAAGAGGGAGGGAGGGAUUUGAUGAAGGCUGAUGGAGUCGUUGGUUUCAGACAAGAAAAUUAUCUAUAAACCGGUCACCGAUUUCACCUUCGGAAAGAAGGAAGGAAGCACGAAGAAUUCAGCUCGAGAGGAACAGUCGUGAGGAUCGGUUUUCCUUUCUUUCUUUUUUCCAUCUUGCCUUCAGUGAUCAUUUCAUGUUAUGCCUCAAUUUGUCUUUUUCAUACAAUUGCGAAGGAAAAAAUAAAUUAUUUGAGUCAGAUCCAAAUAGGGUUCACCCUGAAUUUUGAAAGGAAGAGGUUGCGUCCUUCGGAUAUCGAUGAGAAGCAUCAAAACUGCUUCUGUAUUUUUUCCCUCCUCCUAUCAGUUUUACUAAAAACAGGCCCUUUCUUUAGCCUACACACAAACACACACACACAGUCCAGCUUCCUAUAAUGGUUGAGUCCCCUUCUCCCAAACCUCUCCUGCUAAAAUCUUCUGGCUGCCCACGUUGGCUCUUCUUCCUUGGCACAACUUAAGCAAAAGACCUUGAGGGAAUGUCAGUCAGAUAAUAUUAUCUGUGGAGAACAGCCUGGUGUGUUUUUGGAAUAGAAGUUACAUUUCUAUCGAAAUUAUGUGUUGCCUGAAAAAAGAGAGAAAAGUAGAAAUAAACCCCAAGCAAACUCAGCUCAACUCAUUUUUAAAACGCCGCCGUCACAAUCGGCGACAGAUUAAAAAAGGAUUGCAAAAAAAGAAGAAGAAAAAAGUGGGAUACGGGAAUCUUUCUCAGGAUUAACGUGGCAAUAAAUUCCAUAAAACCGUCAACUUCAGAAGGAUCUGUGCUUCAUCUAUCCAAAAUCUUUUUUUUUUCUUACAAUAGUUAAUACGGAGGAGACUAUUGUGUUCAGUCCUUAAAAAAAUGGAGUGGCUAAUUUGGUUUGCCAAUAAAAAAAAUUGCCCGAGUGACCAUUUGAGGUUCCUGGUGUAAAUCGUACCCGCAAAGUAGUAAACCAUCAAAGAAUUAACAUUUUUCCCCACGUGUUUCUAACCUCAAAAAACACGUUACUCUUUGGCUUGAAGACCUAUUCCACUGUCAGUCAUUUUCCUGGGAAAACUGGAAGCUGUGGGAAUAGAUAGCAUCUCCUGACCUUGUGAUCCCCCUUUGCCUGGAUGACGAUAUGUGUGUGUGUGUGUGUGUGUGUGUGUGUGUAUCUGUUCUGACCUAAAGGACAUUAUAGACUCUUGUGAGUUGGUGUCUCCUUCCUUCCAGAAAAAACCCAACAUUUUUUGAAGGUUGCCACUGAGUCCUAACCAUUCCCAAAUGAAGGCAAACACAAAACCACCAUUUUUCUUCCGCGAUCUAAUUCUCCAAAUAAAAGAAUAAAGAUUUGCGAUCUUGCAGAAUAAGAAAGGGCAACUUGGAAUUGAGAGAACGUUGGUUAAAAUGAACUCCCUCCUUUAAAUCAGCUUCCCGUAGUGGCAAUGCAGGAAUUAGAAAAAUAUAUAGAUGUAUAUGUAUAAAUAGAUUUGAUAUACACAGCAUUUUGUUUGGUAUAAGGC